CCGGGUUUUUUUGUUAUGUUUUUUUUGGCCAUCACCUUCCUUCAGACACGAAACGUAAAAUCUGAAUCUCUCUCUCUUUCGCUGUCCGAUUCCGACAGAUAGAGAGAGGAAGAGAAGGGCGCGAAACAGAGAGAGAGAAGAAGGACGAUCCAGAUAUGGAGGAUCCUUCGAACCCAAAAUCAAACCAGAGCAAUCUCCCACAAUGCCCUCCUUUAGCCUCAGCUCCGACGUCGGCUCCAUUUCGUGGCCCGUACCACCGGAGAGCACAUUCGGAGGUUCAAUUCCGCCUCCCUGAAGAUCUGGAUCUGUCUGAACCAUUCGGAGGAUUCGACGAGCUUGGAUCCGAAGAUGACCUCUUCUGCUCAUACAUGGACAUAGAGAAACUUGGAUCCGGAUCCGGAUCCGCAUCCGAUUCGGCUGGUCCAUCAGCUCCUAGGUCCGAUAACGUGUUUUCAGCUGAAAAUGGAGGCGCGGAGGCUGGGAAUUCGAGACCGAGACACAGACACAGCCUCUCCGUUGAUGGGUCUUCGAGUUUGGAAUCAAUUGAGGCCAAGAAAGCUAUGGCCCCUGACAAACUCGCCGAGCUUUGGGUCGUCGACCCUAAGAGAGCUAAAAGGAUAAUUGCUAACCGACAGUCUGCUGCUCGUUCGAAAGAGAGGAAGGCUCGAUAUAUUUUGGAGCUCGAGAGGAAAGUUCAGACCUUGCAAACUGAAGCUACUACCCUCUCAGCACAACUGUCUUUGUUUCAGAGAGACACAACUGGUUUAUCAUCUGAGAAUACAGAGCUCAAGCUUCGCUUACAGGUCAUGGAACAACAAGCUAAGUUGCGAGAUGCACUGAACGACCAACUGAAAAAGGAAGUUGAAAGGCUCAAAUUCGCCACUGGAGAAGUCUCACACGCUGAUGCUUAUAACCUCGGAAUGGCACACAUGCAAUAUCAGCAGCAGCCACAACAAUCCUUCUUUCAACAUCAUCAGCAACAAACUGAUGCUCAAAACCUGCAACAGAUGACUCAUCAGUUUCAUCUCUUCCAACCCAACAACAACCAAAACCCAAACACAUCCUCUCGCCCAAACCCUCCCACCGCUCACCAGCAUAUGCAUCACGCUAAUUCUAAUGGCCCGGCUCAAUCUCAUUCCUAUUCAGAAGCAAUGCAUGAAGACCCUCUUGGCCGGUUACAGGGGCUUGACAUUAGCAGCUGUGGCAGAGGCUCAAACUUUGGUAGGUCUGACACCGUCAGUGAAAGCAGCACUACUAUGUAAGGCUGCAUUUUACAGAUUCCGCUUUGUCGAUAAACCUAUUCUUUUGCUCUCCCUUGAAAUCUUUAGCUAAAAAAAGGUAACAGUUCCGUGACCGUCUGAUUCAUUUUUUAUUCUGUAAAACUGGUUUCGCUUUGGGGGUUUUGGGGUUUCGACUUUAGAGACCACAGGUGUUUUUAACUUGUCUGAUAUCUCUGUUUCCUGAUUCAUCUUGUUCUUCCGGGGGAGCUACUGAAGUAUAACCACGUCCUUUUCCUGUUUCUUUAUGUUGUAUCGCUUCCCUAGUUGCUUCUAUAAUCAUCCUGUAAUUGAUGGUUGAAUCUGGAUUUGGAUUGGGAUUUCGCUUUGGCUUGAACCACAUCAGAAAAUGUGUUUUUGUUUUGCUGGUCUCCUAAAUAACUUUUGAGUUA